GGCGGCCGGCGGCGGCUGCACGGGCCACAUGACGAGGUCUGGCGGGCCAGAUUCGGCCCGCGGGCCUUGUGUUUGACACCCGUGACCUAGAGGUUUAGUGGCAAGCAGAGGGUGAGGAAGGAAGGAGUUUCCUUCCCCUGAGGGAAAGAGUAAGAGAAGGCCUUGAAGGACAGUGGAAAAGGGGCUUCUGAUGAUGACGUUGAUUACUUAAACUGGGAAUAGGAAGAAAAGGGACAAGACAGGAAAGUUAUUAUUGCUAUACAGCAGGAAGAUGCGGAUGUAAAAGGGUGGAGGAAUGUAAGAAAUUGUGGGGGAGAAAGGUACAAGAAGGUACAAGUUUAGUGUAGAAGGAGAAUGGGUAAAGAAAUUACAGGAAACAGUUAAACAAUACUGUAAAGGGCAUGUGGGGGUGAGAAACGAAAAACAUGAAAGAAAAGGCCUUCUCUCCUCAGAGCCUCUGGAUAAGCAAAUGCGAACAAGAACAGAGAGAUUGAGCCACAAUACCUCAGAUAAAUGUCUGUACUUAGAGGAAAGCUGGCCUAUGGAACUGCCUCUGUGGCUAAUAAUUUAGCAAUUUCCAAAGAUGGAUUAGAUAUUGUUAGAAGGUGAUGCCACUAAUUACCAGUUGUAGUUAUACCAAAGUCUCCUUGCAUCCGCACCAUUUUGUGACUUGUUCUACCCCUGCACUACUAUUUUGUGACUGGUGGGCCUUAGUAACUUUCAGCAGCCUCAAGUGGGCCCUGCAGGUAGAAAGUUUGAGAACACAUUCAGGAAGCCAAGAAUGACAACAUGUGGAUUCUCCAUAAGAGCUGCAGAUGUUGGAUGGACUGGCACCAUUUGACUUCAAGACCAGCCCAUCAUGGAUUCACUCAUAUUAUUUAGUUCUUCUAGUGUCACUGGAAAUAACCUAUCUCGUCUCUGGACUGCUCUUUGUCUUGGUUGUAGAAGAAUGGGUUUGGGAUUAUGCAGUGACUGUUACAGUCAUUCACAUCACCAUAACUGCGGCUGUUAUGUCUGAAUUCCCGCUGACAUUGCACUGGUGGGCAGCUUUAGGUUCAGGCCUCAUUUUGAUGGUUUGUGUUGGACAAAGUUUGGCUUACUACCUGUUCAAAGACAACUUUAUUUAUCCAGUUCUGGAUAAUUUCUGAAAUGCAUUUUUUCAGUGCUUACAUUGCUUUAUGAAAAUGCACAUGGAUGUGUGGGCCAACGCUAGCAUGCAGUUUUAAGUAAAUCAGAAUUCUUUAUGCUGUCAUAACCCAGGUGUUUGCUUGUUUUGUAUAGGAAUAACUAUCCUAUCCAAUAAAACUG